AUGAAAACAUCUGUCUCUGCACCAGUCGUUGGCUACUACGGCCAAUUCUCGAGGGAUCAAAAGGUGUUCGGAGAGAAAGGAGAUUUCAUCACUUCCCCAGAGCUUACUCAACUCUUCGGUGAAAUGAUUGGAGUAUGGGUGUUCCAUGAGUUGGCUAAUACAGGACACAAGGGCUCAUGGCAACUAGUAGAGCUAGGACCGGGAAGAGCUCAGCUGAUGAAUGAUGUCUUGAAUGCGUUGGCGAAGUUCAAUGACAACGAUGUUUCUGUUCACCUUGUUGAAAUGUCGGAUGCUUUGAUAGACGAACAAGAAAAUUUUUUGUGCAUUUACAACUCGGAAAACACGAAGGGCACACCUCAUGUUCGGAAAAACAAAACUCGAACUGGUGUAAACAUUUAUUGGUAUAAGUCUAUCGAUGAUAUUCCCGAUGGAUUCACCGUUUUCAUUGCCAACGAAUUUUUAGAUGCCCUCCCGGUUCAUCAAUUUAAAAAAACCGGAGAUCUGUGGAAAGAAGUUUAUGUUAACCUGACUAAAGAAGGAGACUUACGCUUUAUGACAUCGAAAGGAGAAAAUUUGCACACCAAAGGUCUCAUUCCUGCAGCUAUCCGCAACGAAAAUUCACGUCUUACAUGGGAAUGCUCACCGGAAUCAGGAACUGUUGUAAAUCAAAUAGUUGACAGAAUAACAACAUUCGGUGGUUUUUCACUUUUGGUGGAUUAUGGACAUGAUGGAUCCCGGAAUACUCAUUCAUUCCGCGCAUACAAAAACCACGAACAAGUAGACCCUCUGUCGAAUCCGGGAGUUGUCGAUUUGACUGCGGACGUCGAUUUCGGAUAUUUGACAACACUUGUUGAGGAUAGGGCUCUCGUCUAUGGACCCAUUGAACAAAGAGUAUUUCUCACACAACUCGGCAUCGAACAUAGACUGCGACGCCUCUUGCAAAUCUGCAAAAAUAGAGAAGAACAAGAACAGUUAAUCAGUGAGCACAUUUUCCAGAUCCUCUUAAACCCCUUUAUUCUAGAAUCAUACAAUAUGCUGAUUGGAGAUAUGGGAACAAAGUUUAAAGCAUGGGCUUUGUUUCCAAAAACACUGAAGUUCAUCCUGGACCAGAGAGGUGGCCCAGUUGGUUUUUUAUCGAAAGAAAAAGCAGAGAAGAAAGCAAACGAUGAGUGA